AUGUCGCACCACCUCCAUACCAUCGGCUCUUCGCCGUCAUACGAAGAGCGUCCCGCUGCUCAUUGCUGCAGAUUGUCUAUUCAGAAUGCACUGUUCUUUGCAAUUGCUCGGGGAGAUGUGCAAGCCGUGAUUCAACUCCUUCAGCACGGCAUCAAUGUCAACAGCAGCGGACCGAAGGGCCAGCCCACGCUCUUCACGGCUCUAGAGUAUCAACAGCACGAGAUCUUGGAGAUCCUCUUGGGUGACCCGCGAAUCGAUGUUCACAUCACAGAUGGCCAAGGUCACACUGCGCUCCAUCUGGCGGUGAUAUACGACGAUCAUCUUGCAGUUCAGAUCCUCUUGCAAAGCAGAUCUCUCGAUGUCGAUCGGUCCAACUUUGCAGGGGACAGCGCACUGCUUCUCGCUGCCAAGACGUACGGUGGCUUCGAGCCCAGACGCGACGCGAUCCUUGAGCUGUUGGUUUCUCACCCACAAUCGAUGGUGAGCCAGCGCGACACCAAAGGCUGCUCCCUCCUGCAGUAUGCAACGUUCACGUCGAACCGGAUGCUGAUCGCGCAAUUAGCGCGAAGCUGUCUUGAUUGA